CGUGCGAUUUAUUUUCAACGGAAAAUCCAUUAAAAGAUUAUCCUGGUUAAAUGUUGGUUCCAAUUUUUCUAUAGAACUUUAUUUUUGUCGUUUUUCAUAUUAAUUUAUACGCGUUGUGAGUACUAUUAUACGACUUUAGGUUUUCUACAUUUUUUAGAAAACAGUGUCUCAGUUUGUGUAAAAAAUGAGAGAAAUUGUACACAUUCAAGCUGGCCAAUGUGGAAACCAAAUCGGAGCAAAAUUCUGGGAAGUUAUAUCGGAUGAGCAUGGAAUCGAUCCAACUGGAACUUAUCACGGAGAUUCUGAUUUGCAGUUGGAGAGAAUUAAUGUAUAUUACAACGAAGCAACAGGAGGAAAAUACGUCCCGAGAGCUAUUUUGGUCGAUUUAGAACCUGGAACAAUGGAUUCAGUGAGAUCUGGACCUUUUGGUCAACUUUUUAGACCGGAUAAUUUUGUUUUUGGACAAAGCGGAGCUGGUAAUAAUUGGGCUAAAGGCCAUUACACUGAAGGAGCAGAACUAGUGGAUUCAGUUUUGGAUGUCGUCCGAAAAGAAGCUGAAGGAUGUGAUUGCUUGCAAGGAUUUCAGAUGACACAUUCUCUUGGAGGGGGAACUGGUUCAGGCAUGGGCACCCUUAUGAUAUCUAAAAUUAGAGAAGAAUAUCCAGAUCGUAUAAUGAACACUUUCAGCAUUGUGCCAUCUCCAAAAGUUUCAGACACUGUAGUCGAACCUUAUAAUGCAACCCUCUCUGUACAUCAACUAGUAGAAAACACAGAUGAAACAUUUUGCAUUGACAAUGAAGCAUUAUACGACAUUUGCUUCAGAACCUUAAGACUCACCACCCCUACUUAUGGAGACCUUAACCAUUUAGUUUCAGCCACCAUGUCUGGAGUGACCACAUGCUUACGAUUUCCUGGGCAGCUUAAUGCAGAUUUGCGUAAAUUAGCCGUGAACAUGGUACCAUUUCCGCGUUUGCAUUUCUUCAUAACAGGAUUUGCACCUCUUACUUCUCGUGGUAGUCAGCAGUACAGAGCUUUGACGGUUCCAGAAUUGACUCAGCAAAUGUUCGAUGCCAAGAACAUGAUGGCUGCCUGUGAUCCAAGACAUGGAAGAUACUUGACAGCAGCAGCUAUUUUCAGGGGUCGGAUGAGCAUGAAAGAGGUGGAUGAACAGAUGUUGAAUGUUCAAAACAAGAACAGCAGUUAUUUUGUUGAGUGGAUACCAAAUAAUGUAAAAACUGCAGUUUGUGACAUACCUCCAAGGGGUCUGAAAAUGUCAUCUACCUUUAUUGGAAAUAAUACGGCUAUUCAAGAAUUGUUCAAGCGUGUUUCAGAACAAUUCACAGCUAUGUUUCGACGUAAAGCUUUCCUGCAUUGGUAUACUGGUGAAGGCAUGGAUGAGAUGGAGUUUACAGAGGCUGAAUCUAACAUGAACGAUCUUGUGUCUGAAUAUCAACAGUACCAAGAAGCUACUGCAGAGGAAGAAGGAGAAUUUGAAGAAGAAGAGGCUGUCUGAACUAUUUUUGUCUUGUUUAAUUAAUCUCAUCUGGUUCAUGCAUAUUUUUUGGGACAUAGUUUAAAGAAAAAAUUCACUCUUUUUAUUUUUAAAUUGUUUGGCAUCUGUUACAAUUUUCAAAUUUUCUUCUUUAAAAAAAAAGUUAAGUUUAAAGUAUGAUCAUACUUUUUCCUCAAUAUGUGCUUUUUUGAUAUAAAUACGUUAUUUAAGAAGAGUUACUGCUUUAUAUUGAUGUUAAAUAAAAUCAGCUUACUAAAAGCUGAAUUCCUUUAUUAUACA